CCAAACGGCACACAUCAAACCGCCAUUCUCUCGCUCUCUCGAUCUCCGGUUCACUCCUUGGUCGCUUCGUCGGCAUCGGGCGACGAGAAGCUUCAAUUGGACCUGCGAAUUGGCCGUCGUCGACGACCGACCUCGCUGUAAAGCGCGCGUUCGGACAGGGCCAUCGAAACCCUAGGGGCCGGUCUCCGCUUCAAUUACUGAGCGCCGGCGGCGGCGGAGGAGGCGGAGGGGAGGGCGAUGGCUGCGGAGCUGGGGCAGCAGACGGUGGAGUUCUCCGCGCUGGUCCGGCGGGCUGCGGAGGACUCUUACCUCGCCCUCAAGGAGCUGGUGGAGCGGUCCCGGACGCCGGAGGACCUGCGAUCCGACUCCGAGAAGAAGAUUGAUCUCCUCAAGUUCAUCGUGAAGACCCGGCAGCGGAUGCUCCGCCUUCAUGUGCUUGCCAAGUGGUGCCAACAGGUGCCAUUAAUUCAAUAUUGCCAACAACUUGCAGCAACUCUUUCGAGCCAUGAAACUUGCUUCACCCAAACGGCAGAUUCAUUGUUUUUCAUGCAUGAGGGUCUGCAGCAUGCACGUGCUCCUAUUUUUGAUGUUCCAUCUGCUACUGAAGUCCUCCUCACAGGAAGUUAUCAACGGCUGCCAAAAUGCAUAGAUGAUUUGGGUAUUCAGAGUUCACUAUCUGAGGACGAGCAAAAGCCUACUUUAAAGAAGUUGGAUACAAUCCUCCGAUCCAAACUUUUAGAGGUUGUACUUCCUAAAGAAAUAACUGAAGUAACUGUUUCUAAUGGUACUGCUGUUCUUCGUGUGGAUGGGGAAUUUAAGGUUUUCCUUACCUUGGGUUAUCGUGGGCAUUUGUCAUUGUGGAGGAUCCUACACUUGGAGUUGCUUGUUGGGGAGAAGAAUGGAAAUAUUCGACUUGAAGAAACACGGAGAUAUGCUCUUGGGGAUGAUCUUGAGCGCAGAAUGGCUGCAGCUGAAAAUCCUUUAUCAAUUUUGUACACGGUUCUCCAUGAAUUAUGUGUUGCCCUUGUUAUGGACACUGUACUAAGACAAGUUCAGGUACUACGACAAGGUAGGUGGAAGGAUGCAAUACGCUUUGAGCUUGUUUCUGAUGGCAGUGCAGGACAAGUAGGGAAUACUAGUGCUUUGCAACUAACUCAAGAGGGUGAACUUGAUACAACUGGUCUAAAAACUCCUGGUUUAAAGAUCAUUUAUUGGUUAGACGCUGACAAGAAUGCUGGGGGAUCUGAUUUCAGCUCAUGUCCAUUCCUUAAAGUGGAACCAGGGCAAGAUACACAGAUUAAGUGUGUACAUAGUUCUUUUGUAUUAGAUCCACUUACUGGCAAGGAAGCUACCUUUGCACUUGAUCAAAAUUGCAUUGAUGUUGAGAGACUCCUAUUAAGAGCUAUUGCAUGCAAUAGAUACACUCGUCUACUUGAGAUCCAGAGGGAAUUGAGUAAAAGUGUUAACAUUUGUCGAGAAUCAGGCGAUGUUGUACUUGGGUGUGAUGGAGGUGUAGUGGCGGAUUUGAGAAAGAUGGAUGAAGAUUCUAGUAACCAAGAUUAUUUUGGGGAUGAAAUACUGAAAGUGCGGGCUUGUGGGAUGUCAUUUAUUACCCUUGGAAUAAAUAUCAGGAAUGGCAGAUUCCUUCUUCAGUCUUCCAAAAAUAUCCUUUCACCAUCCACCCUAGUUGAUUAUGAGGAGGCUUUAAACCAAGGAAGCCUUAGUAUAAUGGAUGUGUUUACAAGCUUAAAAAGCAAGAGUAUUCUCAAUUUAUUUGCAUCAACUGGGAGAUUUUUGGGCCUCGAGGUUUAUGAUCAGUCUUUGACUACUCUGAAGAUCCCCAAGUCCAUAUUGAAUGGGUCAGAUAUACUUAUAAUGGGUUUUCCUCAGUGUGCAAACUCUUACUAUUUGCUGAUGCAGGUUGACAAGGAUUUUAAACCAGUGUUCAGUUUACUAGAACUGCGAUCUGAUCAAGAUGGAAAAUCUAGUUCAUUCACUGAUGCCAUUCAAGUUAUACGUUUUAAUAGAAUUGAUAUUGGUCAGAUGAAGAUAGUUGAUGAUGAAUUGAAUAUGAGCCUUUUUGACUGGGAGAAGCUGUGUUCUUUGCCAAAAUUGGGCACUUUUAUUCAGGUUGUAGAACAUGAUUUUGGGGUAGAUUCUGCUCUUCAGUUUCCUGGAUUUUCGCAAUCAAGUUUUUCAUCUGUUGUUGAUGAAGUGUUCAAGUUCGAAAAGGGUCAAUUGCCCAAGACAAAUCAACUCACCUCGUCUUAUAAGAUGCCUCCUUUGUCUUAUUUAGGAUCUCCUUCAAGUAGCAAUCAAGGAAUAAAUACUGGAGUUACGUCAACUAAUUUGGAAGGGGAAUUACAACAAUCUCAAGUUCAUAAAGUUGGGAAGGCUUCGUCUAGUUUUACAAGUUCAUCGAAUUCAUUGCAUGUGACAAGCAACUUAAAAGGUAUAAUUCAGAAUGGUGCUACUGGUUCGCUCUCCUCUUCAAGCCCUGUGAGGAUCUCAUCCGUUCAUAAAUUGUCAACCUUGAGAUCUGAUCAAGACAGAAGCUCUCUUAGGUACCCGUAUUCGGCUGAUGUUGGUCAAUACCCUCCUGCGGAUGAACCUCCAAAAGUGCUCAAUAUGAUUGAAGGAAAUGGGCCAGGUCAACUAUUGCCUCCACUUCGGACGACUUGCCCACCAAUUUCUGCCCAUAGUAUGGCUCCAAAUGACAUAGUAAACUCAUCACCUGGCAUUUUGGUUGGAUCUUCAGAAGUUACCAGAUCUAACACAUUGCUCCUGGCUAAUCCAUGCCAAACACCGGAAUUUGGAGCUACCAGGUCAGAUGAUAAUGGUGCUCACAAACAUGAAAGAAAGGGAAGGAAGCGUUCUCUAGUGGAUUUUAUUAAUUUACUUCCAUCAUUUCAAGGAUCAGAAGCAAGUUCUCUGCAGCAUAAAAGGCAGAAAAUAUCAAGAUUAGCUAACUCUCAUGCUGCAUCUUCCCCACCCCUUCCAUCCCUAUUGGCAUGUCGAACAGGUGGACAUACAUUUGGAGAUCUUCUUGGUGAAGCAAAUCAUGGCAUUAGUCCAUCAAAUUUGUAUGUUUCCGUCCUCCUACACAUUGUCAGGCACUGCUCACUAUGUAUUAAGCAUGCUCAGCUAACUAGCCAAAUGGAUGCACUAAACAUUUCUUAUGUUGAAGAAGUAGGUCUGCGAAUUCCAUCCUUAAACUUAUGGCUGAAGUUGCCAUUUGCCAGGGAUGAUUCUUGGCAGCGCAUAUGCUUGCGCCUUGGUAAACCUGGAACUAUGUGCUGGGAUGUAAAAAUCAAUGAUCCUUAUUUCAGAGAAUUAUGGAAUCUUAAUAAAGGAAGUACCACUACAUCGUGGGGCUCUGGGGUACGUAUUGCCAAUACAUCUGAGGUUGAUUCACAUAUUCAUUAUGACCCAGAAGGGGUUGUCUUGAGUUAUAAGAGUGUUGAAGAUGAUAGUGUUCAAAGGCUUGUAUCAGAUUUACGUAGGCUUUCAAAUGCACGAUUGUUUGCUCGUGGGAUGCGAAAACUAAUUGGUUUGGGCACUGGUGAUAGGAUUGACGAUAACACAAACUCUGACUCUAAGGCACAAGCCAAAGGUACUGGCGAGAUAGUAGACAAGUUAUCUGAACAAAUGAGAAAAGCCUUUAAAAUUGAAGCAGUUGGUCUGAUGAGUUUGUGGUUUAGCUAUGGCUCAAUGCCUGUGAUCGUUCAUUUUGUUGUUGAAUGGGAAGCUGAUAAGGAAGGUUGUACAAUGCAUGUUUCUCCUGAUCAACUUUGGCCACAUACAAAGUUCCUGGAAGAUUUCAUUAAUGGAGGUGAAGUUGCAUCUUUCUUGGAUUGCAUCAGACUUACUGCUGGACCUUUACUUGCUCUUUGUGGUGCAAUACGUCCUGCACGAAUUCCUGUUCCUGUUUCUGUUGGCCACUCCCUUGUACAAAAGCAGAACAGUUUCAUGUCAUCUCACGGAUUAAUGGCAAAUCCUUCUUCAACUGCAAUCCAACUUCCAUCUAGUUCACCCACAACUACUACACUUAUGACCCAACUUGGCAGUCACAGUCUUCAAAAUGCUGCAGUUUUAUCUGCUGCUGGAAGAGGUGGGCCAGGACUUGUUCCUAGCUCAUUAUUGCCUUUUGAUGUCUCAGUUGUUUUGAGGGGUCCAUACUGGAUUCGCAUAAUAUAUCGGAAAAAGUUUGCUGUGGAUAUGCGCUGCUUUGCUGGAGAUCAGGUCUGGCUGCAGCCAGCGACACCUCCUAAAGGGGGACCUGCUGCUGGUGGAUCUUUGCCAUGUCCACAGUUUCGACCGUUCAUCAUGGAACAUGUUGCUCAAGGAUUGAAUGCUCUGGAGCCCAAUUUUUCUGCUGCAUCGCAUGCUGGUGGCCAUCUUGGUUCAAGCAACGCCAAUGUCAGUUCAGUCUCUCAACCACUGGCAUCUAAUGCUAACCGUAUUAGUGUUGCAUCUAGUGCUGGAAUAUCAAGACCAAGUUCUGUUAUUGCAAAUCAGGUAGGUGGCAACAUAAAUCGAAUUGGCAGCGCCAUGCUAGCCUCAUCAGGUUUGUCUCCUGGGAUCUCUGGAGUACCUUUACGUAUAUCUCCAGGUACCGGUUUCCCAGUUCAUGUGAAAGGAGAGCUUAACGCAGCUUUUAUUGGGCUUGGAGAUGAUGGAGGCUAUGGUGGUGGUUGGGUUCCCCUUGCGGCCCUCAAGAAGGUGCUGCGUGGCAUUCUCAAAUAUCUUGGUGUGUUGUGGUUGUUUGCGCAGUUGCCUGAUCUCUUGAAAGAAAUUCUAGGUUCAAUCUUAAGGGAUAAUGAGGGGGCACUUUUGAAUUUGGAUCAAGAGCAACCUGCCUUGCGGUUUUUUGUUGGAGGCUAUGUAUUUGCUGUGAGCGUGCACAGAGUUCAACUUCUUCUGCAAGUUUUGAGUGUGAAACGAUUUCAUCACCAGCAACAACAGCAGCAGCAGCAGCAAAAUCAAAAUACUUCUCAGGAAGAACUAGCCCCAGGAGAAAUUAAUGAGAUAUGUGACUACUUCAGCAGGCGUGUUGCAUCUGAGCCCUACGAUGCAUCUAGGGUUGCUUCCUUCAUCACACUUCUUACCCUACCUGUUUCAGUCCUCCGAGAAUUCCUAAAACUGAUUUCUUGGAAGAAAGGACUGUCACAAGCACAUGGUGGAGACGUAGCAAGUGCUCAAAGGUCUCGCAUAGAGAUAUGCUUGGAGAAUCAUUCGGGCUCUGUUUUAGAUGAAAACUCAGAGGCCACGUCUUGUUCAAAGAGUAAUAUACAUCAUGAUCGAGCCCAUAAUCUAGUAGAUUUUGCUCUUACCUUUGUCCUUGACCCAGCUCAUAUCCCUCACAUGAAUGCUGCUGGCGGAGCUGCUUGGCUACCAUACUGCGUGUCCGUGAGGCUAAGAUAUUCAUUCGGUGAUAAUGCCCAUGUUUCUUUUCUUGGAAUGCAAGGAAGCCACGGUGGAAGAGCAUGCUGGUCGCGACAGGAGGAUUGGGAGAAAUGCAAGCAGAGGAUGGCGAGAGCAGCAGAAUUUGCCAAUGGGAAUUCUGCAGCUGAUGUCAGUCAGGGGAGGCUGAGAUUGGUUGCUGACACAUUGCAGAGGACAUUGCAAAUGUUACUGCAGCAGCUGAGAGAUGGCGCUGUUCCGUUGAGCUCCAGUGGAACCUAGAGCACCCGUCUCGAAAAUUCAUCGAUGCAUGCAUUAGACUUGUGCAGGAUGGACUGAUCGAAUAGCUAGCACCUCAUUUGACCCCCACCGUUCCACUGUUCUCUGGAGGCAUCGAAGAUGGUUCCUUUUCUCCGGACCACGAACCUAAGUAUCUGACACUGGUGUAGAAAUUUGUGGUGAGUUAGUUGCUUCCCAAGUUUGUAUGCACAUGCUAUGUAAAAAAUCAAUGCAUGUAUAAAUCGUUUGACGGAGAAAGGUACUAAACGAUCCUACCAAUUCCAGUUUCAUGCUCGACCGGGCAUCUGGCACGAGCACACAGAGGGAGAGAGAGAGGGGAGUCUUGUAUAGUUGUCACCGGGGUUGUAGCAGUAUAACUUGUUCAAGUUUACUAAACAUUUUUAAACUCAUUGUUAAUUGGGGAAUUCAUCAGUAAUUUUUU